AUUUUAUUAUUCACCACUGUCCGUAGUCUUUAUUUGGAACUUAUCCUUGGCUUUGUUGAGAUCUGUGUUGCCGAGCAUAUUAAUUUCGAUUUAUCGUUAAUUCUACCUCGAUUGGGUGCUUUAUAUUAUCACUAAAGUGACAGCAUGGAUGUCUUCUUGAUGAUCAAGCGUCAGAAGACGACCAUCUUCACGGACGCCAAGGAGACAAACACAGUGUUUGAGCUGAAGCGAAUCAUCGAGGGCAUCACAAAGAGGGGGCCAGAGGACCAGCAGUUGUACAAGGAUGGAGACACGCUUGACGAUACCAAGACGCUGGGAGACUGUGGAUUGACGAGCAAUACAGCCAAGGCACAGGCUCCGGCCAUGUUGGGGCUUGCCUUCAGAGAAUGUGAAGGGGCUGACUUUGAGCAACUAAACAUCACUCCCUACUCAAACCCCCCGGAGCUACCCGACGUCAUGAAGCCUACAGAUUCCACAACCAACACUGUAGAUCAACCAGUCCAAUAGAUAAGCAAAUCCUUGCUCAUUUUGAUUCUUUCCCCUAGACCGUAGUGACGUUGUGGUUGACAUGUCUACUUUGUCAAGGUUUCUUACCACAGUAGCUACAAACCAUGAUUCAUAUACAGUUGAACCUGUGUUAGUGGCCAACUCUCUAUAAAGGCCACCUGUCUAUACUGACCAUGCAUCUUGACUCACUGUAGAGAAAAAGGUGUGUUGUAGAACCUGUCUAGAAAGGUCACCUGUCUACAGUGGCCACCUUUUCUGCUUCCCUUGGGUGGCCUUUAUGUACAGGUUUGACUGUACAUGUACUUUACAACCUGAAACUAUGCUCGCACGAAACUUUCUAAUAUUCCAUGAUUAGCUCAGAUGAGAUUUGUGAAAGUUUCAUGCUGCCAAAUGAUCGAAUACCAGGGGGCGUUUCACAAAACUUGUCAUCAGUGACAAUUGACAGUUUUUGUUAUACGCUACUGAAAUCCUUGCUCCUGAUUGGUUAUCAUCAGAUUUGUCACUGAUUUUUGUCACUUGUCAUUUAAAAAAAAAAAGGCUUUGUGAAAUGCCCCCCUUAACAUGAAGUUUGUGCAAGUCUUUUGCCUUGACAAAGACUCUUAUAAAUGAUUCACAAAAGUGUCCACUAGAUAAGCAUAGUGUGAGAAUAGUCAAACUUUAGUUCUCCUUCCUUGAAGAUAGUUAUCUACCUGGGCGCUGUUUCAUGAAACCAUCAUAAUUACAAGUUCACCGACAUCCCAUUAAAACUUGUGUAAAUUUAAUACAUGCGUCUUAAAGGGUUGUCAGAGAACUUGUACUUAUGACAGUUUCAUGUAACCCUGCCUUGGUGACAUUUGCUUUUUUUACCCAUAGGUCAAACUACCUUUUAAAGCUUGUGAAUUAAAUGCUGAACACAGAGAUUAAACUCUGUACUGCACACGUUGCUCUAGUUACUGUACUUUAGUAUGCAGAGAAAUAUGUAUUUAAAUGACAAUAAGAUUGCUAUCGCUAUGUGUGUCCUACAAUUACAGGUACCACCAUGAUGGUAGUUAACUACUAGUUAUAUCAAUUUCUAUCAGAUUAGUAAAUUCAUGUAAGAAGCUACGUGACAGGUCUCUUGUCAGGCUACAAUUGGUCGAUACUGUGGAAUCUCUCUGUAUAGCUCAUUAAGAAGAAUAGCAAUGAAAGGAUAUCCAUUAAAAAACAUUGCAUUUGCUUUGUUUUGCGUAUGGAAGGUCAGUAAAUGCACUUUUGACGUGAGGCAUACAUGUAUAUGAAAUGCUAAUUAAUGCAUGUGAAUAACCUCACAUUGUUAGCAUUAUGACUACAGUAGUAAUGAUUAUUAUGAACUAUGUUACACAGAACCUGAGCAAAGAGAUUAUUUUCCAGUCUAGAAUUAUUGAUUUUUAGUGUUUUGUUUGUCUGUUUGUUUGCAUAUUAUUUUUGAGAGUAGAUAUGAUAUGUUUGCAUUUUUUUUUUAAAUUGUGUACCGUUAGCCCAUGCAUCAGUAUGCAUUGUAAUGUGCAGGGUGCUUCUUUACUCUGAUUACAGUAUAGACUCUAGAUCUAUUUAUUUGUAGAGAUUUGUAGGAUUUUAAAAUGGUUUCAUUGUAAUCAACAAAUGGUUCUACUUAACAAGAGCACAUCUGAAUAACUAAAGGUUUUAUAUUAAUAUUUAUAUCUGUAUUUCAGCAAGUGCAUGGAAAUCUGCUGGUACAUGUAUCUCAUUUCUUACUGGCAAUAGCAAUUUAGCAAGCAUACGUUUCAUACAAUUUACAAUUGCACAAGUUGUAUUUUGUUAUUUGUGUUGAAAUUUCUUUUUAUGCAGUGCCUGUUCAAAUGGCAUAAUUAAGAGAUUUAAAUAACACAAUUUUUGUACAAUCUGUUAUGAAUACCACACAUAUUAUGCAGUAGAAGUACCUUUUUUCAUUUUCCACAAUGUACAUGUACAUACCAGUAUGCUAUAACUAGUCGCCUUCAUUAUGAACUGACAUAUUCGUCAUAUAUACAUGUAUAACAUGGAUUUGAUGGUUCGAAAUAAGCGGGUAAACGUUUUAAGGCUCUGUAAAAUGAUUGGAAUACAUGGUUCUAUCUAAGUAUGUAUGCAUUUACAUGUAGGAACGCAUCAAAAUGUAAUCUUUGUACAAGUUUGUUUCUGUCGUGUGCUGUAAAACCAUGGUGAAAUGGUGAUGGCAUUCCUUUGAUUAAACUUGUGGAGAGGUAUUCUGAAAACGAUUAUAUCAUUUAUUAUAGAGAGAAGAGAAAUAGUUUAAUUGUCUUAACAAAUCUAAGUUAUGAAGAGGCAAUAGUAAAUAAUGACUGGCGUAGGUGGCUGCGGACUUGAAAAGCUCAUAGAACAUUUUUAAAAACAUCAAUGAAAAGGUGCAUUUGAAUUUGUUGUGACAAUUCAACCUCUUCUCUAAAAUAGGAAAUAAAAUAGUUUUGAUAAUUAAUACCACCUCUAAUAAAAGUAUUGAUUCAGUACAGCCCCUAUAUCAAUAGUCUAUUUAAGAGCUAAUCCAAGUCACGUUAUCCUUAGAUUAUCUGUCAGGUGUGGGGCUGACAAGACCUCUGUCGUCAACUUCAAUUUCAUCUUUUAAUUGAGAGAGAGGGACACGUAUAUUAAUGACUCACAUGCUAGCUAUUGAUGUAGUUUGAUAAUAGCCUGUGGUUAAUAUUGUACAGAAUCUUGAAAAAAUGUUUGUACAUUUCCUGAUAAUGAAGCAAAAAUGAACUUACGUUACACUAAUGUACAGUUGCCUGAAGAUUUUCCCUUCUGGUAAAGAUAAUAUUUACAUUGUACAAAACUACAAAUAAAUAAGUGUUGCUUACAGCGAUUCUGGUUUGGUAUACCUAUAUUUUUAGAUACUUUUAACAUAAAUAAUAAAUAUCAAUUAAAUUGAUAUACCAAGACUUUCACAUAAAAGGAACAUACAAAAUAAUUUAAUGUAUUAUAAAUGUGUAAUUUGGACAUGUGAUAAUCAAAAAUAUCUGUUAAGUUUGUAUCUAUUUCUGUGAUUUAUUUUUCUUCAUUUUGUAGAUUGGAAUAAAAACAUUUAUUUCAAAAUGUA